CGUGGCAUAUACACUUCACACGCACUACCGGGAAAACGCGUGUUUAAAAACUUUCCCUAUCACCGUUUUAUGAUGACUUUAGAAUAAAAGUGGCGACACAAACAUGGCGAUCUGGACUCGAGCGGACCGGAACGGACAACUGGACCUGCUGCUGCGGGACCGCUGGGUUCGUGUCACCGCCGAACUGACGAGAGAAACUUUCAGUCUGUCUGCCGAAGGAGAACCGAGCGGUACCGAGGGCGUGCUGGACGGGACCGAGCCGAUAAACCGGGGAAGUAACGGGACCGAGCCGCUAAACCGGGGAGUGCUGGACGGGACCGAGCCGCUAAACCGGGCCAGUAACGGGACCGAGCCGCUAAACCGGGGCACUAACGGGACCGGACAGAAUGAGUGCACAGGGAGUCCCGGGUCGGGGUUCGGGUCCAGACACCAUGAGACCACUUCAUCUUCAUCACCAUCACCAUCGGAACCGGUCCGGAAUGUUCGGGUGGUGAAGCAGGAAGCGGGCGGUUUGGGGAUCAGCAUUAAAGGAGGGCGGGAGAACAGGAUGCCGAUCCUCAUCUCGAAGAUAUUCCCCGGACUGGCGGCGGACCAGAGCCGCGCUCUGCGGGUCGGAGACACCAUUCUGUCCGUCAACGGGAACGACCUCCGGGAAGCCACACACGACCAGGCGGUACAGGCGCUGAAAAAGGCCGGGAGGGAGGUGACUCUGGAGGUAAGGUACAUCCGUGAGGUGUCUCCUCUGUUUAAGAAGCCAUCGCUUUUAUCUGAGCUGAGCUGGGAUGGGAGCGAAGACUCUCCGCAACACAACAUGACCAAAAACAGGAAGAUCAUUUCACUGAAAAUGAGCUUCAUCUGCAGGAACCUCACCAUGCCAGACCUGGAGAACAGGUUGUUGGAGCUGCACUCUCCUGAUGGUCAGAACUUUGUGGUUCUGCGCUGUAAGGACACGGCCACUGCACACUCCUGGUUCACCGCCAUACAUGCCAACAUUGCUGCGCUACUGCCACACACACUCACACACAUCAACGCCUACCUGAGUGCCUCUAACACACACACACAGGUUAAACACAUCGGCUGGCUCGCAGAGCAGGUAACUUUGGAAAAUGGGCAUCACCAGUUCAGGCCAGUUGUCAUGGCGAUGACAGAGAAAGACAUUCUGCUGUUCGACUCAGUGCCGUGGACACGAGAAAGCUGGAGUACACCACUGACCAUACACUCACUACUGACCACCCGACUCGUUCACUCGGGCAGUACUCGUGGUUCCCCAUCUUUAGGCUCUGACCUUCUCUUUAUGACUCGAACUGGUUCUAGUCGUGGUGUUGAGUCUCACAUGUUCCGUGUGGAGACACACUGGGACUUGUCGUCAUGGACCCGAGCGCUCGUACAGGGGACUCACACCGCUGCUGAGCUCAUCAAAGAGGUGUCCAUAGGGUGUGUGUUGAACAGGGAGGAGGUGUGUUUGGUGCUGCACUAUGAGCGAGGCUUCACUGUGCUGAGAGGAGGUGGAGGAGGAGGUGGAGGAGCUCCUGUAGGUGGCACUGUGCUCCUUCACUACCCCUUUGACAAACUGCGUAAUUCUGCAGACGACGGAGUCAGACUCCUGUACCUGGACUUCGGGGGUCCCGAGGGGGAACUGGCAUUUGAUCUGCGCUCCAAUCCAAAGCCAGUGGUGUUUGUUCUCCACUCGUUCCUGUCAGCCAAACUCACACGCCUGGGCUUGAUCACAUGAGACUGAUGGAGAGAUGGAGAGAGGGAUGGAGAGAUGGAGAAAGACUCUCCAGGAAGUGAGGGAUGGAGGGAUGAAUAGAGAGAGUUCCAUAAAAGCUCCUCUAAUUACACACACAUUUAUCUCACUUAAUGUAUUAUCAUAAUGGAUUAUGUGAAUUCUUUUCCAUUCUCGUAAACUUAUAUGCACGUGCGUGUGUGUGUGUGUGUGUGUGUGCGUGUGCGUGUGUGCAUGCAAGUGUGUGUGUGUGUGCGUGUGUGCGUGCGUGCGCAUGUGUAUGUGCAUGCGUGCAAGUGUGUGUGCGUGUGUGUGCGUGUGUGAGUGUGCGUGCGUGCGCUUGUGUGCGGUUCAUUUUAACGUGUUCUUUUGUGUGUCUCUAAUCGGACAAACAUAGGAUUACAGGCUAAAUAUGCAAAAUUAUUAAUCUCUGUGUGUGUGUGUGUGUGUGUGUGUGUGUGUGUAUCAUGACUGUUACUGUCUGAGUGUGUGUGUUGGUUAGUAAGACAUUCCAGUGCAGUAUUACAAGUAUGUGUGUGUGUGUGUGUGAGACAGAGAGAGAGAGAGAGAGAGAGAGAGAGAGAGAAAUGGCUGUCACGUGAUUCUCGUAUCUACAGAACUAAUAGUAAAGUCCUCUGAUUGGCUGUUAGGGAGUAGCUCAGCGUCCAAUCAGAGCAGCGUUACUAACCCCCCUCUCCCCUCCCUCCGCUGAUGGCAGCUGGAGCAGCUGUUUACAGAACCCUGUCUGUGUGUCAUGAACAUUUUAUUUCUACAGCACUUACCAUUACAAACUUUAUCUAUGUACUUACCAACAAAAAUGAAGCUUUAUCAGACAGUUUGGACAGUUUACUUUAGAAAUUAGAGGAACUCAAUGAGAGUGUAUGGUGGUGUAGCUGGUGUAGUGUAUGAGUGUAGUGUUGGAGCUGGUGUAGUGUAUCAGUGUAGUGUUGGAGCUGGUGUGUAUGGGUGUAGUGUUGGAGCUGGUGUAGUGUUGGAGCUGGUGUGUAUGGGUGUAGUGUUGGAGCUGGUGUGUAUGGGUGUAGUGUUGGAGCUGGUGUGUAUGGGUGUAGUGUUGGAGCUGGUGUGUAUGGGUGUAGUGUUGGAGCUGAUGUGUAUGCGUGUAGUGUUGGAGCUGGUGUGUAUGGGUGUAGUGUUGGAGCUGAUGUGUAUGGGUGUAGUGUUGGAGCUGAUGUGUAUGGGUGUAGUGUUGGAGCUGAUGUGUAUGGGUGUAGUGUUGGAGCUGAUGUGUAUGGGUGUAGUGUUGGAGCUGAUGUGUAUGGGUGUAGUGUUGGAGCUGAUGUGUAUGGGUGUAGUGUUGGUGCUGGUGUGUAUGGGUGUAGUGUUGGAGCUGGUGUGUAUGGGUGUAGUGUUGGAGCUGGUGUGUAUGGGUGUAGUGUUGGAGCUGAUGUGUAUGCGUGUAGUGUUGGAGCUGGUGUGUAUGGGUGUAGUGUUGGAGCUGGUGUGUAUGGGUGUAGUGUUGGUGCUGGUGUGUAUGGGUGUAGUGUUGGAGCUGAUGUGUAUGAGUGUAGUGUUGGUGCUGGUGUGUAUGGGUGUAGUGUUGGUGCUGGUGUGUAUGGGUGUAGUGUUGGAGCUGGUGUGUAUGGGUGUAGUGUUGGAGCUGAUGUGUAUGGGUGUAGUGUUGGAGCUGAUGUGUAUGGGUGUAGUGUUGGAGCUGAUGUGUAUGGGUGUAGUGUUGGUGCUGGUGUGUAUGGGUGUAGUGUUGGAGCUGGUGUGUAUGGGUGUAGUGUUGGUGCUGGUGUGUAUGGGUGUAGUGUUGGUGCUGGUGUGUAUGGGUGUAGUGUUGGAGCUGAUGUGUAUGGGUGUAGUGUUGGAGCUGGUGUGUAUGGGUGUAGCUCACAGUAGCGUUUUGUUGUAUUUCUGACUUCAGUUCAUUGAGUCAAUGUGAACGCUCGAAUGCAGACAGCUGGAGGUUGUGUGGUGGAGAACAAGUCCCAGUUCCCAGUGAGCAAGAACACAGCACCACUUAAAGAAAGGUCUUCCAUCCAAUCUGUAGGUUCUCACCUCUACUGUCCCUGUGGAGAACCUGUAAAGCUUCAGUGUAGAACAUUAUAACCCUGAGCAUUAUAACCCUGAGCAUUAUAACCCUGAACAUUAUAACCCUGAGCAUUAUAACCCUGAGCAUUAUAACCCAGAUCCUCCUCCUGACACCCAGGACAGACUCCAGCUCCAGCAUCAUCACCAACAAGUGAAAGACGCAGAACUUAUUAAACGUCAUAAACUUAAAUCAGAUACAGGCUUUAAAUAUAUGUACAAUAAAAUGUCCUCUCUGGGCCUGCAGACUAUUAGACAAUCAAUAAUAAUAAUAAUAAUAAUAAUAAUAAUAAUAAGGACCAAGACUGAGGACCAUUUUUUGGACAUUCUGCAUGUGAUUACAGGACACUGUGUGGGCCAAUGAUCGAGGACAUCAUGAUAUUAAAUAUUAUAUCAUCAGAGACAUUCCAAAGAACAGUUACUGUUAGUUACUUAGUUAGAAAUGACAUGGAAUUGUUUUAAACAACAUUUACUAUAUAGGACACACACACACACACACACACACACACACACACACACACACACACACACACAUACUCAGGGCAGCUAGCUCCUCUAAUGAGCUUGUUAAGUGUGUGACAACAUCCCUCUUGUUUAUCAGGAAGUCCACACACACACACACACACACACACACACACACACACAGAGAGAGAUCAUCCGUGAUAAUUAGUGCACUUGGUAGUUUGUGGCCUUUUUAGCGUCUUUAGACAUUUCCUAAGAGCUGAAGGACAGCUAGAAUAUAUCACUCAGUGCUUUAAGUGUGUGUGUGUGUGUGUGUGUGUGUGUGUGUGUGUGUGUGUGUGUGUGUGUGACACUGAAGUGAAACUUGUGUGUCAAAAUAUGAAAAUGGGAUCUGAAGAAACAGGGAUGUUCAGUGUAAGCUCUGCCUGAUAGCUCCUGCUUCAUCUGGUGGAAAUGUGAUCUGUUUAACUGAGCUGAUAUGUGUGUGUGUUCCUGUUAAACACAGAGCACUAAAUCAGCUCACACACUCUCACACACACACACACACACACACACACACACACACACACUGUGAGGAAUGAUGAAUGUACUGUAUGUUUCUACUCACCGCUCAGACUGUUUAAUAUUAUUUUAGCAUUUCUUUUUUAAUCUAGUGUCUGUUUAUAAAAGUAAACUAGUUUUUUAAAAUGUGCGUUUUUCACACCAAAGUUUUGUACUUGUGGCAGCUUUGCGUUCACACAAUCAUAAAACAAAAGGAAUAAAGAGAGGUAAUAUUAAUAUAGAGCUAACACACACACACACACAUUCUGCUGCUGCUGCACGACUGUUCAUACAGAAUACUCUUUAUGCAAUGUUAAAAUCGCUCUAUAAAGUGUACAUAAAUAAAUACAAUACAUAAAGCCUAUAAAUAAACACCUGUUACACAUUUA